UAUGAGGAUGCUUAAAAAUGUCGACUGAUAGCAAAGUAUCGCAUGCAGCGGGUGGAAUGGGAUUCACUUACUUCCUUAAAAGCAUCCUGAGCAGGUUUCAACGUACGACGAAAAUGCCGUUCACAUCCGUAUUUCAACCAAUUCAAGGCAGUCAGAUUCACGUUCUUUAUUAAACCAGUAUCACACAUGCAGCCGUGCACACAAGUUUGUUCAGCGAAUCAUAGGAUUUUAUGACUAACCUGAACAAACUAUAUACAGUCGGUUCCCGAUAUACGCGGUUUUUGCGUUCCUGAACAACUCCAAUUUGCGCGUAUGUCAAAUAUCACGGUUUUCAGCCAAAAUACGUAUAAUUAAACUUUUUUUUAAUUUAAAAUAGUGCUAUUACACACUUUACCAUCCAUUUAAUACGAUUCGUGCGGAACUACCUCCUAUUUCUGGUUUUUAAGCGGUUUAAAAAUGUUUGCAUAAACGCAUUUUUUUCUGCAUUUGACGAUGCGUGAAACAAAUUGUACUAAUUUCACAUAUGAUCUGUCAAAUUUAGAAAACCACGUAACUCUGAAUCUAAAUUGUUGGUUUUGAGUUCCAUUGAGUUUUAGUCAAAUUUAGCAGAAAAAUCAAGUACCGCUAAUAGAAGAAUACUAUGCUUUGAACCCAAAACAGACAUAAUGGAACACAGUGCAUUGAAAGACUGUACCACGGAACCGACCCAGUUUCUUUAGCACGCACAGCAUUUGGAAACAUCGAGUAAUCAGCCAGACAUGGAUUAAACCUGUACAUUCAUUUCGUUGCAAAGCUACAAAAAAUUAAUGUUAAAUAGCGAUACAUUUUAACCAAGUUCAGCACACAGUAGGUAGUGCGUAAUUAAUUUAAACACGAAAUCGAAUGUACUGUCGCAGUAAAGCCAAGAUGAUAGCGUAUGUACAUCAAAUAAGAAGGUCAUCGUAUUAAUUUGCUAUAACCUUAGCCCAAGGUACUAGGAGAAAAGAGGAGUGCAGAAAAAAACGAAAAACGAAAAAAUGAAGAGAAAGGAAAAACCUAUCCCAAUUUUGGUUGUCCCAAAACCUCUCCACAUUUCGUGUGGAGCAAAUUUUGAAACAGUUAUAAUCUCCAUUGUAGUUCCCAUUCUAGGUCUUACGUCACUGAAACAUACUGAUCAGCCGUUAACUCACGGAACUAGUUUCAUAUCAUUGCUCACGAGAAUUCCUUCAACUAAGAUGCUGAAAAUAUCGCCACUACCGCCACCAAGAACUUCUUUUUUGUUCUUUAUUUGGUUAUUUGCAUAAAGCUUACUAUCUCCACGAGGGCCCUACACCUUUUCUGGUGACCAGUUUGUAGGCCGGUUUUACGUGCAUGCAUUGUAAAGCUAACAGGUUUUCAGGGCAACCUAAGAGGGUGAACGACAUAUCAGAAACAUGCCGAAAUAAGCUUCGAUAGAUCCAUCCAAAGAAUUUAGGCCCUUUCUGAAAUUAAUAGUCAAACACACACAAACACGUUCCGGCACGUGGAGUUCUAAACAUUUCAUUCUGGCUUAUUCAUAGUAUCUUCACAAGCUUUUACAUCUGCGUCAGCGUUUUGGUUCAAUAUUUGCCAGCAGAUAUCAGAUCCCUCAUUGGCAGACAUUAGCCAUCGAGAGCGUAACACCAAGCAUUAGUGAGAGUUCAGAACGCGACCAGUCCGGACGUGCACGGUCCUAGUGACCACGCGGUGUGAUAUUAUAAUUAGUGUCGGUUAGACCAUCCACGUGAAGGCUUCAUAAUUUUGGCGCCGAAUAGGUCAAUUUCAUUUGUAACUAUCCAUAUGAUUCAAAGCUUCAUUGGAAUGCUGCGUGGACUAACGUUUUGGUGCGUGAUAGUGUUGUUCAUCUGUAGGUGGCAAACAUCUAUGGCUCAGUUACCUGGAGUACAAAGUAUCAUACAAUUCUACCGGGACGGCGAUGAACGUUUGAAGUAUGAAAAGCCCGAUCAGCGACCCUUGCUGCCCGAGUACGAUUUCAUCAUUGUUGGUGGUGGAUCUGCCGGCUGUGUUUUGGCAAACCGACUCACAGAAAUAUCCCAUUGGUCGGUGCUGCUGAUCGAAGCUGGGCCGCGCGAGAACCUUUUGAUGGAUAUACCAAUGUUUGCACAUUACCUACAGACAUACAGCACCGUAAAUUGGGACUAUCGUACGAAGCCAAGCAAUCAGUGCUGUUUGGCGUUUAAGAACAAUCAAUGCCGCCUUCCUCGGGGCAAAGUGAUGGGCGGCUCAAGCGUUCUUAACUACAUGAUCUACACCCGCGGUAAUCGCCGAGACUAUGAUGCGUGGGCAGAAAAAGGAAAUGCUGGCUGGUCCUUCAAUGAUGUGCUGCCGUACUUCCAAAAGCUUGAGAAAAAUAUCGUUCCUGACUCUCACUCUAUGUACGCUGGUCGCAAUGGCCCCGUCACGAUAUCAUAUCCCAGCUAUCGCACCAGCGUGGCUCGUGCGUUUGUGAAAGCAAACAUGGAAUUAGGCCUGCCCUACGUUGACUAUAACGGACCCAGCCAGAUCGGAACAUCCUUUAUUCAAAGCACCACGAAGAAUGGCCAGCGUGUAUCCUCCAACAACGCCUAUCUUUACCCGAUACGAAACCGAACCAAUUUGCAUAUUAUUCGAAACGCUCACGUCACAAAAAUUUUGCUCAAUCGUGAUACGAAGAGGGCCACAGGUGUUCAGUUCUAUGCAAACCAUCGCUAUCAAAAGGUUCGUGCUCGUCGUGAAGUGAUUGUUUCCGCUGGGGCUAUAGGUUCGCCACACCUGCUCAUGCUGUCCGGUAUCGGCCCGGCCAAGCAUCUACGCCUGAAAGGUAUACAGCCCUUGGCAAAUCUUGCCGUCGGGUUCAACUUUCAAGAUCAUGUGGCGGGUGGAGCAUUAACGUUUCUCAUCAAUCACACGGAAACGCUCUCUUCGAAACGUAUUUUUACGCUGGAAAAAUUCAUGGAAUACGAACACCAACACACAGGUAUGAUGGCGUCUACUGGAGCGUGUGAGGCGAUCAGUUUUCACGACACAACUCAACCACCCAAUCGAGCCAACGAAGCUGGUUGGCCCGAUCUGGAACUGCUAUUGAUCGGAGGGACGCAAGCGGCCGAUCGUAUUUACGAAUCCAACUUUAACUACAAACCGGAAACUUUUAAUGCCCUGUUCGGUGAUAUUGAGCGACGCGGACUGGAGGGAUACACAGUAUUCCCGAUGAUUUUACGACCCCGCAGCAAGGGUCGAAUACGUUUGGCCAGUGCUGAUCCCUUUGAGCAUCCGAUUAUUCAACCUAACUACCUCGGAGAUCCGUAUGACUUGGAGGUUUCGGUGCGUGGGAUUCGUAAGGCGAUCGAGCUAACGAAAACUAACACGCUCAAAAGUUUCGAUGCCCGGUUGCUCGACAUUCCGAUACCGGGGUGUGAGCAGCACAGAUUUGACACCGACGAUUACUGGAAGUGCUUUACGCGACACGUGACGUACACGAUCUACCACCACGUGGGUACGUGUAAGAUGGGCCCGGCAAGUGAUAGGCUGGCGGUGGUAGAUCCCCGUCUGCGCGUGCACGGUGUGAAGGGAUUACGGGUGAUCGAUGCUAGCAUUAUGCCGGAUAUUCCGGCAGCUCAUACCAACGGACCAACGAUCAUGAUUGCUGAAAAGGGCGCCGAUAUGAUAAAAGAAGACUGGAGUAUAAGGGUAACCUAGUGAAUGGUUAAGAAUUGUUGUUUGAUAUGUCAGCAGUUAAUUUAUCACAAUAUAAGUCAUGCUUCAAACCAAAAUCAUCCAUUUUAUUAUUAUGAAUUUUUAUUUAAGAUAUCACAUUAACUGAUCGUAAUUACCUAUUUUUUUUAUAAUAUUUUAGUUACAAUACUGUUUCACUCUAUUGACGUCAAUUAUGUACGACAUCAUUACCGCUUUAGUGUGUUGUUAUUUUUAACCAAAACAGGAAACCCAACAAAUUGAGCCCUACAGCUUGUCAAUCAUGCAUCGUAUUCUGUUUCAACUUGGCAAUCGAUGAAUCACACAAGCACGAGCAUUUAAUUAAUGAUAUGAUCCACACAACCUCACAAGGAUGCUAAUUUUAUGCAUAUCAUUGAGAUCAAAACAAACAAAUUUCAUAAUGUUUAGAAAUUCUCUUGCUCAAACCUCGUAACACAUUAUAUCUUCCAUUCGAGCGUAAUAUUAUAUUUAUUGCAAAAUAAGCCCCAAACGGACAUACAAGAAUAACCUGAAGUGGAACAGUGGAACACGUCAGUGCAGGGUUUAACUUAUGUUUACUCUUUUUUACCAUUCCACCAAUCGUUGCUGCUCUAGAAUACACUCGACAUGUCAUCGUUCAUUAAACAACCCUUGGCACACAUAAAGCAGCAGUACGAUAAAAACAAAGAUAUCCCUUACUUUCGAGGACAAAAGAACGCAUGACAAAAAAGACACGAAUGAAAAAAUAUUUUAAAUGUUUUCUUUGCGCGAUUAAACCAGAAAGAAGAGAAAGUAUGGUCAAAGGCUAACUCAUUUGACACUUCCAACUUCAUUAAUAUGUGGCGAUGAUUCACUAACACAGUACUAGUUAUCAUUUCAAAUUUCCCGCGCCAUCAGAUUUCCAAGUUCUACCAAUGAAAAGCUCUCCACUGUAUGUUUACCACAGAACAUGGUUAAGCACUACAGCUGCCCACCCUGCAAGGAAAGCUGGAUCCACGCCAGUCAAGUUCAAGUUUACUGCAAGUGUUCAAGUGUGAGUAAGU